AUGGGUGAAGAAGCUAGCUGGAACACACGGGCUAAACUACAACACAACUGGCGUGAAGCUGCGAAACGCAAUGCGCAAUAUAAUGUGACCAUAUUCCAGACGUAUUCGUUCUACAUUGACCAACUCGACUCAAUCGGUGGCAAUACUCUAUCCACUGUGAUUGUAGCUGCUAUAACAAUGGAUUUGGCAUGUUUCCUUAUGAUACCCAGUGCCAGCUCCAUAAUUUCAAGGUAUAAAUUUCCCACACAUUAUGAAGAGCUCGAACACAACACUGCUAAUUAA